AUGGCACCUAAAGGCGGCAAAGGCGGCGGUGGUGGUCAUUACGGUGGUGGUGGUGGUCGUCAUGGCAGCAGCAGUUUUAAGAGUAGCUGUCGUUCCGGUGCAUUCAAGAACGGAGCCAUUGUUGCUUCGAUGGUUUUUCUGGGCAUAUUUCUCCUCACAUUCCUCUGCUUAGGCUGUAUUUCUUCCAGCAAGUCAACCGCGAUGAAAAAGAGGAACCAGCGGAAAUCAAGAUCUCUGUGGUGGGCAAUGAGCCUUUCUUUAACGUUAAUCAUAGCCUCUACUAUACUCUUUAUUACAACGACAGUCAUGAGCGAAUGUGGAUCUGGUAGCAACCUUCAGCUACUUAUCACUAUCCGAACGUGGUUUAAAAACUGGAGUGUUCUACUCCUUAUUGGUGUGAUUAUGGUUCCUCUCUGCAAACAUCUUCACCAACUAGCUGGCAAAGUCCUCGGGCGCGUUGUUGCUAUUAGCCAUUUCGCCGUUAUGGUUAUCAUGGCGAUAUUUCUCACUUGUUAUCUGGCUUUGCUAUCCAGCCUUCCGAAUAUACGUGGGAACUACAGAGUGGUUCAGGCUCUAUCCGAUGUGACGACCGGCCUAGGAAUCACUUACAAUGUAAUUGCGUUUAUCGGAACGUGCCUAGCGUCUUUCAGCAUACUCUUUGCUGUUAUUCGAAGCUCUCAAAUCCAGAAUUCCUGGGCAAAGAAAUGGAUCUUCAUUGUGAUGGUUUUCCCAGUCCUUUUGACGUUAUUUGAUGUCGUGUACGGCUUCCAUUUCUCUAUUCGACAUCAAAGAUAUACCGUCACGGCAUUUGCUGUCUUCACCUUUUUGUGGAACUUGUUCUAUACCAUGUCAUACCUUGCUGUUCUGUACAUUGCCUCCGAAGGCUCUUUAGUCCCAAUUACGCAGCCAGGAGCAGCGGAUCCAAACGAUCCCACCAAGGGCGCCUACGCACCAGUUCAGCCCAACCCCCAACAACCAUUUGAAAACGUUAACACUGCGUACAACAGCCCUGCGCAACAGCCACAAUUCCAGCACAACAUGCAAACCCAACCACCCAUGAGCCAACCUGGAUUCGAACCUGCGAGGAAUGACUUCGCUCCGUCUCCACCUCCACAGCAAUACUAUGACCCUGUCAAGGGCGCCGAGUCCCAGUCCUUGAUGCAAGGCCAGACAUAUGACCAACCUGCACCACAAUAUCAGAAUUACCAGCAACCCGCCAUUCCUCAGGCCUACAGAUAA